ACUUUUUGGGUUUAGGAAUAAUAUUAUUUUUAUUACAGCAGAUAGUAUUACUUUUUUGUUACCUUCAUGACACUGCUGAAAAUGUAAAAAGACAAAUUUCGCUUACAUGUUUACAAAACUACGAUCCUAUUUUAUUAUUAUUUAUAAAUAUACAUAUAUUUUACAAAAUAUUAAAAAAAACAUAUAAUCUGAAGGUAACUAAAAGCCAAGAAAACGAAACAAACCUAUCCGAAACAGCAUUUAGGUAUUAAAUAGUAUUGUGUGGAAUCAGGUAUGAUAUCUUGUUUAUAUUUUUAUUUUAACUUUUUUGUAAACCUUUCACUGCUUUAAUUUGAUUUUAUUGUUAUAUAACCAUAACUGUACGUUUAAGGCCCCAAAGGGCGUAAAAUGUUGCACUUUCCAUUAAUUACCAUGAACAGACUAAAUAGAAUAGAGUUAACAGUUUUCAUUGUUCUCAGUGGCUGUCUCCUUUCCAUAUUGUUUUACAAAUUUGUUCUCAUUUUUUUUGGAAUAGCACAUUGUACUUGGAUCCAGCAUUAAAGCGGCUAUAAAUCAUGAUUCAAUCUAAACGUUAUCAUUUAUAAUACAUAACUAAUUAUAAGCUCCAAUAAAAAGAUUUCUUUAUGCAAUUUCUAUGAAUUAUGAGCUACAGACAAUAUGAUCUGACAAUUAUGCAAAGUCAAUUUUGUUAUUACUCCAUGUUCUUUUUCUUUCAUUACAGUAGGAUUUGCUCUGCUACAGUCAUUUCUUAAAAUCGUUCUUUUAAAAAUGUACAAAUCUGCCUAAUACUUACACUGUAGCUCUUGAUAAGUAUAUAUGUAUUGCACAUGAACUUGAAUUCAUUUAUCUUUAAUGUUUUGUGUAGCAUUUAAUUACUUUUAAACUGUAAGAAAUAUUAAAUGUCUUUGGAUUGCCUAAUGUGUGACUGAUCAUUUGUUUUGUAAGUUCAUACAAAAUCUCAAAUUCUACGCUUUUCUCAAUGUGCCUUUCACAAUUUUGCCUCGUUGGGCUUUCUUUAGGAAUUCUGUUUUUCUCUUUUUCACAGCAAUUAAAACAUAUUGCAAUUCGUAUUUAUUUUCUAUUCACAGAUUAUGUUCUUCACCAGGGCCAUCUUUCUCAGAAAUCGUACAACAUGAUAUGUCUUAAAAAUAGUACACAUCAACUUAACAAAACCAGUCUGGAAUUUCAAAAGCAGAAUGAACGUAUGGAACAAAGAUUGAAAUUAAUACGGCAAAAAUGUCAACAUUACAUGCAAGAUAAUUACUGGCAGAACCUUCGGCUAAGUGGUCAUGUUUUAUCUUACGAAAAAGAGCAAAUACAUUUUUGUUUAGUUCCAAAAGCAGGAAAUACAUUCUGGAAACGUAUCAUACGAUUUCUAGCGAAUGACUUCCCAGAAAACUUAAAUAUAAAGCGGCCAACAGAUAUCGACAGACAUUAUAUUCAUGAAAGUCCUCUUAUCAAUAUUCAGAGAUGGAGUAUGCAAAAUCCUAUUUCUCGGAUGUUGAUGACAAACGGAAAAUUAUUUAUGAUUGCACGUGAUCCAUUUUCAAGAUUAUGGUCAGCGUACAUCGACAAAUUUCUCCUUCCUGACUUUUGGCACAAGGAUGCCUUGGAUUGUGUAAAGAAACUCCGACCAAAUGCGACAUAUAAUGAGAUAAAAUGUGCAAAUGAUGUAUCAUUUGAAGACUUUCUUAAAUUUAUAUGCGAGACAUUUACAAAAGGAUUGAAUAAUCACUGGGAAAGAUUGCAUCGAAUAUGUAGCCCGUGUCACGUUCAAUUUGAUGUUAUCGGUACAAUAGAAACUUUUCUUUCGGAUUACGACUACAUAUUAACAAAAUUUAAUUUAGAUUUUCUUAAAGAAAAUACAACGAAACUUGAUAUUGUUCAGGUUGAAAUAGCAACACUAACUAAAUACAAUUUUGAUUUAGAAAGAGCAGUUGUGCAGACAUGUUUUGACAAGACUGAUGUUGCAAAGAGACUGUGGUUAGCUUUUCAAUACAAUGGUUAUAUAGAUAGGCACAUGCAUUUUCCUAAAAAUGAUUUGCUGAAGACUAAAUUUGUAGAAUACCCAAUUCAAAUAUUUACAGAUAUUGUUUUAAGAACAAUAAAAAAUCAAACUAAAUAUGGGAUUGAUAUAACAAGACAAAAACGAACAAUGAUGCUAGAAGCUUAUAGGAAAAUACCAAAAGACUUAUUAAAAAAUAUAAUUUCGGUGUAUAAAUAUGAUUUUGAACUUUUUGGAUAUAAAAGUAAAUUGUUUGAUGAUUAAAAGUAAAUAACAUAGCUUUGAGGUUCCAACCCAAAUAAACACAAAAACCUGUUCGUAUACUGCCUAACGCUUUUCCUAUUUUUUAACGCCAUCUUUCAUUUUUGAUCUUGUUUAUCUUAUCGUAUUAAAAUGACGUUAUCAACUCUCACUGACUUACAAGCUUAAAAUGUCUACUGUCCUUGAAUGAACAGUUACCACUUGCACACAAUUUCAUUUUAAAAAUCCAAUAACUGUGUCCAAGCCAAAGCGUUACCCUCAGAAAUUUCGAAGAUAUCUUCACAUUAACGGUAGAUAUACUGUAUAGACCGAUUAUUGAAAACAAAAGAAAUUGUAAACGUAAAUAAAGAUCUAGUCAUGUACAUGAUAAUUAUAAAUCUUGUUUUUGAUAAAUGUUUGGAAAUUAUCAGAAAUUUUGCAUAAAAGGAAGAACUUUAGCCAUAAAUAAGAUUGGGAGAAAUCGGGGGCAUUAAGAUGACAACAUCAGAACUGUACUUGAAAGCACACAAGUACAUAAAAAUACUAGUACUGAACGCUUUUCUCAAAAAUAAUCUCACAAAAUAAAGAGCAUUUAUCAAUAUAAAUAACAAAAGAAAACAACAUUUUCUCAUCUUAAUUUUGCGUUUUCAAAGUUAAUCGGAGGUUUCUUGCCUGUUUGUUAAACUCAAUGACAAAUAUUUGUUAAAUUUCACGCCAUAAAAAUCAAAAACUGUUGCUUACCAUUAAUGUGUUUGUAAACUAAAUGGGUGACGGACGGUGUAAAGUUGAUAUCACAGGACCAUUUGUGUAACUUACCAAAAGAAUUGAAAACACAAUAAAAUGCUAGUUUCAUGAAUUGUAUUGAAUAUUAAAGACAUCAAGUGUUAAUAGUUUACAUAAUUUAAAAGUAAAUAAAACAAAGAUUGGAAAUAUUCCGAGAAAUAAAACAACGGCUAACCGCAAUGGUGGUCAAAGCGCUUCUGGUCAAUUAUGACGUCACACCUUCAAAGGUUUAAUUGUUCGUGAAAGUUUCACGUCAUAAACUGACGUCAUAAACGUGUGUCCAUUAACACAACACUUGUUAAUAGAAAUUAACAUACAAAAUGAGAUAAAAUUAUGUUGGCAAAUGUGUCAAAAAAUCCAAAGCGUUACGUGUUUAGCAGAGUAAAAAAAUGGCUUACAGAUUUCUUAUGUCGUUGCCAUCAAUAAACUUGGUAAAUAUAAGUGACUGUCAUUUAAAUUAUGUUUGUACAUAAAAUGAAAAUCAAGAAACAAUAUUAAAAAGAUAAUUGAUAACAAACAGUUGUACUUUGGUUGUUGUAGUUUUUUCAGGAAAUGGGAGAACAAGUCUGUGAAGGUUUAUACAAUGCCGAGACAUCAGCGAUAAAUUCUGUUCCAUUCCCUUAAUUUCUUUUAUUUAUUUCUUUUGAACCUUACACUCACUCGGUCGCACACAAAUCCUUGGAUUGAUAGGAUGCACAUUAUUAUUUAAUCAUAAAUAAUUCUUUUACUUACUUCAUGAACAAUCUGGAAUCGUAAAUGAAAAAUCAGCAGCUGUUUCAAAAUUCCAAAUAUUAUCAUUUCAUAUAAUAUGUUGGCUACUGCUUAAGCCGGUGCUAGGGGUGGUGGACCGAAACUUUUACUUUUCAUUAUAGUCAUUGAACAGACUCAAUCAAAUCGAAACCAGGCCCGGAUCCACAGAGGGGG